AUGGCCGGUAACGGGACAGCCGAUGUUGCAAAAUCCAGCGACUCAAAACGCCUCGCCCUGGGGAGCAACAACCCCAACAUUGAACAUCCGACAUCCACCAACAGGCCCAUCUUCAGUGAAGAUUGGGACAUCACAUCAAGUAACGGAUAUCGAAUCACAGACCACAUGAUCAACGAGCCUCCUCCGGGGAAAAAGUUCCGGAUAAUAAUUAUUGGGGCCGGAGCCGCGGGUAUUGACUUCCUGCACCACGCCACGUGUGAGCUCAAAGAAACAGGGGGUAUCGAAUUCGUCAGUUACGAGAAGAACCAUGAUGUGGGAGGUACGUGGUUGGAGAAUCGAUAUCCCGGGUGUGCGUGCGACGUACCGAGCGCCAGCUACCAGUUCGGUUGGCGGCCAAAUCCAAAUUGGACGAAGUAUUAUAGCCCGGCUAGGGAGAUUUGGCAGUAUAUGAGGGAUAUUGUGGAUGAGGAGGGAAUGAUGAAGUAUAUCCAUUUGAGGUCUAAAGUCACUCGUGCGGAGUGGCAUGAGGAUAAGUCGAAGUGGGUGGUGCAUGUGGAAGAAAGCAACGCGGAGGACAAGGUGGUUAGAGAGUGGGAUGACGAGUGUAACAUUCUGCUGAAUGGAACCGGAAUUCUCAAUGCUUGGAAAUGGCCCGAGAUUCCUGGAUUGAUGUCCUUCAAGGGCCGGCUUUUCCAUACGGCAAAGUACGAAGAAGGGUUUGACCUGACCGGAAAAAGAGUGGCCGUCAUUGGAUCCGGUAGCUCAGGGGUUCAGACCGUUGCGGCAAUCUACAAAGAUGCGUCCAGGGUUUAUACGUGGGUGAGAAGCCCGACCUGGAUCACCGCCGGUUUUGCGCAAAAGUUUGCUGGACCAGACGGGGGUAAUUUUGAAUACACCGAAGAGCAGAAGGAGGAAUGGAGGAGGGACCCGGAAAAAUACAGAAAAUAUCGAAAAAUGAUUGAGGAUGAGCUGACGAGGAGAUUUCGAUUCGCUUUAAGAAACAGCAAAGAAUCAGAGGAUGCCAAUGAAUACGCUUAUAAUGAUAUGUCAAAGAAACUGGGAAACAACCAACACCUUAAAGAAAAAAUCAUACCCAAGGAUUUCAAUGUGGGAUGCCGACGCCCCACUCCAGGAGACGGCUAUCUUGAGGCGCUUGUCGGCGAGAAAACAUCAUGCUACACCGAGCAAAUUGGAGGCAUCACGCCAAAGGGGUUCUUGACAGCGGACGGCACUGAAGUUGAGGUUGAUAUUAUCAUUUGUGCAACAGGUUUUGACACGUCAUUUCGACCUCGAUUCCCGAUCAUUGGUCUGGAUAAGGUCGACAUCGCCACUCGGUGGGAAAAGUCUCCGGAGACCUAUCUCUCGGUUGGUGUGUCUGGCGUGCCAAACUACUUCAUGUACAGUGGCCCGUACAGUCCGGUUGCUCAGGGGUCCAUAUUACCGCUGGCAACGCUUUUCACCAAUUAUUUCAUUCAAAUAAUCCGAAAAAUGCGCAAAGAGCAUAUCCGACGCCUCAGCCCGAAAGAGAGUGCAAUUAAAGACUUCCUUGAGCAUGCAUCAGUAUACCUUCGUCGCACGUGCUGGGCAGAUCCGUGCUCCAGCUGGUUCAAACAAGGUAGAAAAGACGGUACCAUCGUGAUGUGGCCAGGGAGCAGACUGGCAUUUUUUGAUCUGAUGAAAGAACCCAAGUAUGAGGAUUAUGAAAUCGAAUAUUGGAGUCAGAACCGCUGGGCAUAUCUAGGGAAUGGUUUCACGACGGAGGAAUUUGAUGGGAGCGAUAUUAGCAAGUAUUUGAACUGUAAAUUAUAUCCCGAGUCAACGACUGUGGAGCAGAAAUCAAAUGGUGUUUGA